AUGCGUAUUCCACUCUCAAAUGGUGGAAACUCAUCAAAUUCGGGAAAUUCAACAGAUGUUAAAUUUAAAAUACCAACAAAUUCUACAAGUUCAAAUAGAAGUCAAUUCAAUUCAUCAUCGAGACUUAAUCAACACGGGUCAUCGGCAACUCAUUCUCGUAAAUCAACAAACGUUGGAUCCAAAUCCUCAAUCCAUAAUGUAUCAUCAAAUUCUAUACCGUAUCGUUCAGCAUCAGCACUGAGUUAUGUUUCAUCAAGUGUUCCAAAAUAUCCAUCAUCAUCAAGUGGUACACGCUAUCGAUCAUCAUCAAGCGGUCCACGCUAUUCAUCACCAUCAAGGGGUCGCUAUUCAUCAUCAUCAAGUGGUCCACACUACCAAUCAGAACCAUCUAUAAGUUAUGGCUUUUCAAGCAAUCCUCAUUAUCAGUCCGAACCAUCUUCAAACUACAAUACCUCAAACCGUCAGCAUUAUCAGUCCGGCGGAUAUAGUUCAGUAUCUCACCAGCAUUAUGGUUCUGAACCAUCUAUAAAUCACAAUACUUCAAGUGCUCGGUACAAUCAAACAACAGGACCCCAACUUUACACUUUAUCAAAUGAUCCAAACUAUGGUGUUCCCGUUAUAAUUCCCGUACAUGUUGAUAAUCAUAAUACAAGCAGACCAUUUGUCAAUCUUUCACUGAAUUUUUCUCCUGCAGCAUCAUUUCGAAAUGAUUCUUCUAAUUCUCAUGGACUAACAGAUCGUGAGAUGGAUUAUUUGUUAGGAACAAGUAGUCCCUUACCUGGUAUUAACAAUGUCAAUCAAUCAGUAUCAUUUAAUAGCAGUAUUCAGGAUGUCAAUUCGGGUUUUGUUAGUCAAAAUCACUCACCAAUAGGUACAACGGGGUUUGGGAAUGAUCCUACAAAUACACACAAAGGACAAGCUACUCGUCAAAGCAGACAGAAUAUAUUGAAUAGCAGCCCACUUCCCGUUAACAAUAGAGUAAAUCAACCUUUAGUUUCCCAUGGUGGCAAUCAAAAUAAAAAUCUGGUCAACACACAAAAGAACUCGAUACCUAUAGAAACACCUAUAAUCCAUUUAGAUGAUAGCGAUGAAGAAGAUCUAGUCAUAACAAAAAACUCCGAUCCAAUAAUUAAGACAAACAAUAAGAUAUCUCCUGCUGUUGAGACUUUCAAUGCUACAACUCCAAAAUUAAGUGAAAGUGACGGGAUAGGCACAAUCAACUCAAAUUCAGGAAAACGAACAAAUAUUAAUGUAACUCCAAAACAAACUCUUUCAAAGAAAUUAGAACCGUCAAAGAUAGCAGCACCAAAGCAACCUGAAGAAGUAGUUAUAAUUGAAUUAUCAGAUGACGAUGAGAGUGAGAUUAUUAAACCUAUCAUAGAUACAAGAACAAAUACAGUCGGCGAUGACAAAACUAAAUGCAAUUCUCAACCAAUUAAUUCACAGCAAGAUACCGCAAUAAUAAUACUUGAUAGUGAUGAAGAGGACGAACCUAAACCACAUUCUUCAUCACCAGGACAAUGCAAGGCGUUACCAGUAUCAUCACCUGUCCAUGUAAUGAAAGCUGUUGAUUCAGACCCUAUAUUUAAUUCGACAUUUUCCUUCCUGAAAGUGUCUGAGCCAAACUUACUUGAAAACGUUCCUCCAGCCAAAGAAUUGCCAAAAUUACCUGUAGUCCAAGAUUUGCCAAAGUUGCCAGCAUUUGUGAAUUGGUUGAGUUCUGAUGACGAAGAUGAAAAUGAAACAACUAUAAAUUUAGCUAAACAGAAAUCUUUUUCCAAAUCCAGUCCAGUCAAAUCGUUGAUUUCAAAAGCGGAAACACUGCAGAAUAAGGAUAAUAGUUCAAAAACAAUUGUUUCAACGAUAAAUCGACCAACAACCACAAUUAAUGUACAACCUUUAAAAAGAGCUAAUACCACUCAAAACAGUGAAAUACCUUCUUCACAACCCAAAAAGGCUAAAAGAAGCAAAACAGAUACAUUAUUAGCGGAAUUACCAAAGAUAAAUAAUCACGAAUUUACACUGAAAGAACUACAAUUGGCUAAUAGAGUAAGCAGAAAAAAAGAUGAACUACACGAAGAAAUGGAAAUUUGGAUUAAUAAAGAUUCUAUGGAUUUAUUCGAAGAUGAAAAGGAGGAAUUUAAACUGACGGUGAGUGAAUCUGAUUUUGAAUUACCCAUUGUAUUUUGGAAAAGAAAUGUAACAGCUGAGUAUAUAAAAGAAAAAGAUUAUUUUAUACCUUGUACCCCAAAAAAAGUUGUUCAGAAAACGUUCAUUCUUUAUUAUUUAGCUCAAGAUUUUGUGACGAAAUUAUCAAAUGAUGUUUUGAAACAAGAAGUAUUACAAGCUGAGAAAUUAAUGUGUGAAAAAUCAGUUAAUAAAUAUCAUAUAAUAGUCAUGGUGGAAUGUUACGAUCAGUUGAUUAAUAAACUCAAAGCUUACAAGCAAAGGCAAUUUAGGACACAAGUAUUACUGGGAAUGAAUGUCGAUGAACAAAACAAAAGGAAGAAAUCUGAUGAUGAGAUAUCCAUUUUACCUGAACAUAGUGAAAUUGAAAAAAUGAUUAAUAAAAUACAAUUAGAUUUGAAAAUCAACAUUUUCACUACUAGAUCACGACUGGAGUCAUUGAUGUGGUUAAAUUCAUUUACAUAUACUAUUGCCUCAUCAUUAUAUGAUAAAUAUGAAAGAAAUGAAAAAUUGGCUAAUUUAGGUACAGUAAAAUCUGGAAGUGAUGCAAAAGCUACUUUUAUCCGGUCAAUGCAACAUUUUACAAGAAUGACGCAACAAAAAGCUGAAAUUUUACAUUUUUCUUAUAAAACAAUGCAUCAGGUGUAUCACAAGCUAAGAGCUGAUGGGACGUUGGGUAAAGAUUCUGCAGGCAGGAACAUUGUACCUCCAACUGUUGAUAAUGCUAUGCUUAAUUUCUUCACAUCGGAUGACCCAAACAAAGCCAUUAAUUGA